CGCUGCCACCGAGCCGGGGACGCGAGAGAGCGCCGCCGGGGCCGGGAGGGUUUUGGGCGAGUUAGCAUUGCCUAGGGAGGACCUGGUGGGAAGUGGGUGAGGUAGUUAUCCGUCUGUCGGUCCUGGGACCAGGGGUCUUGCUCUCAGGGACGGAGAUCUCUGUCCUUGUCGUUCAUCUUUUAAGGAAUUCCUUUCCUCUCUCGCCUUCAUCUCUGAGUCUCCCAGAAAUUUAUGGGACCAUUUUCCUGUGUCUCUUUUGAGAACUCAACUCUCUGCCUCUCCGGCAGAAAGAGCCUCUUCUCAUCUCUUGCCCCAAUUAAGCGUAUUCUUUCCCUGGUCCAAUUUAGAAGGAUUUUCUUCCUCUUUCUCCCUCCCCAGUGUAGAAGGAAGUUCUCUCUUCUCACAAUUUACAACCAUCGUCUGUCUCACUCUCCCAUUUUGGAGGCUAGACCCCCUUCUCUGUCAUCUCUUUACCCCCACUUAAUUCUGAGUGUGCAGACUCAAUUUGAGGUUCCAAGGAGGGAGUGGACCUUGUGUUUUUCCUGGUGCAGUGGCCAUUUAUGGAGACUCAUCACCCAAAGCAGGGUACCAGCAAUCCAUCUUAGCCUCCAGGCAAAGGGCAGCUUUCCAGGUGGAUGGGGCAUUUGUUUCCAGGAGCAAGGAGGGAAGUCUUUACCCCGGAACAAAGAAUUGAGGGCAAGGAGACUGUCCCAGCCCCUUCGAAGGCUGAAGAAUCCCAGCUUUUGGGCUGAGGGGCCACAUUGAGCCUCCCUCCCCCAUCCCUUUAACUUUAAAAUAGUUUAAUGAACACAGAGAGAGAAAUCAUUUUUUUUUUUCUGCGUGGUGAGCAGUCUACAAAGAGAAUGGGGAAAGGAGAGAGAGAGCUUUAACUCUGAUCCCCGCAAUUAGUUCCCUGGGAUUGGGAAGGGGGGGCAACCGGGGAGCCUCAGUUCUUCAGAUACAAAAGCAUUUAGAUCGCUUUAGACCGGUUAAUCCUGAGUCUGGCUCGGGUCUCUUUUGUUUCCCAACUCCAUUGUGGGUUUUGUGCAGUUUCUCUCUGUUCGCGUGAUUGACUAGCCAAUGGAUGGUAAUUAUCCAAAUGUCCCCUCUGUCCUUUGACUGACUUCUCCGUAUUAUGGGCAACCGUCAUGCAUUCUGUCAUUCCAUAUCAUAUUACACGUAUUAUCAUAUGAAGUCUCCCCCCCCCAUAUAAAGGAGGGAGCCUCAGCCCAGAUGCUGCUGCUUUUAGAAGGAAGGGCCCCGAGAAAUUGGUCCUGGGCACUGUUCGGAAUACAGAGCAGGGGACUCCCGAAAUGGGAGGUUCUGCAGACCAUGCCGUCCAUCAGCAGUGACCGCGCUGCGCUGUGCGCCGGCUGCGGGGGCAAGAUCUCCGACCGCUACUACCUGCUGGCGGUGGACAAGCAGUGGCACAUGCGCUGCCUCAAGUGUUGUGAGUGCAAGCUCAACCUGGAGUCGGAGCUCACCUGUUUCAGCAAGGACGGAAGCAUCUACUGCAAGGAAGACUACUACAGGCGGUUCUCUGUGCAGCGCUGUGCCCGCUGCCACCUGGGCAUCUCAGCCUCGGAGAUGGUGAUGCGUGCUCGGGACUUGGUUUAUCACCUCAACUGUUUCACAUGCACCACGUGUAACAAGAUGCUGACCACGGGUGACCACUUCGGCAUGAAGGACAGCCUGGUCUACUGCCGCUUGCACUUCGAGGCGCUGCUGCAGGGCGAGUACCCCGCGCACUUCAACCACGCCGACGUGGCGGCGGCGGCAGCUGCAGCAGCCGCGGCCAAGAGCGCCGGGCUGGGCGCGGCCGGGGCCAACCCGCUGGGUCUUCCCUACUACAAUGGUGUGGGCACGGUGCAGAAGGGGCGGCCGAGGAAGCGCAAGAGCCCCGGCCCCGGGGCGGAUCUGGCGGCCUACAACGCUGCGCUGAGCUGCAACGAGAACGACGCAGAGCACCUGGACCGCGACCAGCCCUACCCGAGCAGCCAGAAAACAAAGCGCAUGCGCACCUCCUUCAAGCACCACCAGCUUCGGACCAUGAAGUCUUACUUUGCCAUUAACCACAACCCCGACGCCAAGGACUUGAAGCAGCUCGCGCAAAAGACCGGCCUCACCAAGCGAGUCCUCCAGGUCUGGUUUCAGAACGCUAGGGCCAAGUUCAGGCGCAACCUCUUACGGCAGGAAAACACGGGUGUGGACAAGUCCACAGAGGCCGCGUUGCAGACGGGGACGCCGUCGGGACCCGCGUCGGAGCUCUCCAACGCCUCGCUCAGCCCCUCCAGCACGCCCACCACCCUCACAGACUUGACCAGCCCCGCUCUGCCAACUGUGACGUCCGUCUUAACUUCUGUGCCUGGCAACCUGGAGGGCCACGAGCCUCACAGCCCCUCACAAACGACUCUCACCAACCUUUUCUAGUGACUCACACCCUCCCCCCCCAAUUUCUUUAAAAAAGAAAUUAUCUUUAGUUGAAUUCCAAGUGUAUUUUAAAAUAGAGGCUUUGAGCAACUAACUAACCACAUUUUAGGAUCUCGCCUGGAAACAGAGGAAGAAAAGAAUUGCGCGUCCGGCUAAUGCAGCGGUGUGGACUGAGGAAUUACUUGGAAAAUCUAUCUGCAACACAACAUUUGUGUCACUGUACAGUUUUGUGGACUGAGCGAGGAAAAACAACAAAUAAUUUAAGUUGGCUAGAGCUUCUGUAUUUUCAAAGACUGCCACGUGCCUUAGGAAUACUGUUUUAUCUCCAUACUUUGGAUGACUUGUUCAUUUUUCUCUCCCUCUUUUUCUCUCUGUAUAUUUAUGACCAGAGCAAAAAUGUAAAAAAAAAAAAAAAAAAAGUUUGUUACUUUGAAUAGUCCUAAAAAGAAAAAAAAAAACAAAAAACAAAAAAUCAAACCCCCUCCAACGGUCGCUUUGUUGUUUUAGAAUUUUAAGGUGGAAGUCUGUUCGAAUAUCAGAAUUUGUAAAGUCUAACCAGUAAUAAAACCACUUAUUGAAACUAG